ACCUGAAUAAAAUCUGCCCAAGCCGGACCUGGGGACUAGGCCUGAAUGAGACUUGUACUUGCUACUACAAUUGAAGUAUAUGCCAUGGUGAAUCUGGCUGGGUGUGUCUUGCACAGCGCGACAGAGCGCAAUCCACCUUCCAGUAAACCAUCUUGCUUUGACUGAAACAUUGCAAUUGUCCUCUACGUCUUGCAUAUUUGGGUGGUUGUUUACACUCGUUGAACGGUGGGUGUGAGUUCGACAUUCCCAACACAGUUUCAGAGACAUCGUGUGGAGAGAAGCUCAGAGGGAAAACACGCAAGGGAAGCCGAAAUAACUGUCACAUACACUGUGGCGAGAAUCGACCCAUUCGCACUAUAGUAUAGAUGAUAGACAGAUUGCUAACUGCGCUAGUACUGCUCAGUCGUCAUCCAUUAAGUGUGAUCUAUCAACACCGCGGAGAGUUGAGGCAAUGAGUGGCGAGAGCAGCAAUCAUUUCGGCCAAUUCAGCAAGGCCUUCUUGUCGGCCAAGGCUGGCCUGGCUUCGUUUCAGGAGAGACUGGAAGCGAAACUUACCAGGUCACAACAGUAUCAGGCAACACAGGAUUGGCAAAAGAAAGAUGCAACAGAUGCAUGUGCAAGUGCUUCCGAUGGUGAGGAUGGUGAUGCUGGGACUGAAAGAGACGUGGGACGGCUGCAACACCUACGUCGUAUGACUGUGGCUGCAGUGACGUCAGCACAGCUCAAGUUUGGCACCGCCAUCACAGACUUAGAAAUGUCUUCCAGUGACACAGAGGAAGUAGGUGUUGUUACACAACUUCAACGCUUGAUCAAGUCGGCCAAGGACGGCAUCACAUCUGUGCAGCAGAGCAUGGAUGCAAAGUCCGCUACAGAUGUUCAAAGCCAGGGCGCAUACGAUUCAGGCCAUACGGCAGUUGCAGAUGAUUUACUAGGGGAAAGUAGUACAGCACGGUUGGCUAGUCUGUGGCAAGUCACAACGGAUGGCAUUGCUUCUCUGCAGCAGAAGCUGGAGUCAAGAGUGAGCAAGGCCCAGAAAAUGCAGAGGAUUGAUUCAAACAAAGACACGUGUUCCAGUUCGGAGAGUUCCUCGGAGGAUGACUGCCCGUACGCUGGUGACAAUGCAAGCAACAACUUCACAGUCUUAUCCUCCUCUUCCAGUUCAGAAGAAGAUUGUCAUGCUGCAGCUAAUGCCAAUGUGCAUACAUCAGACUACAGAAACCCGGCACACACGGGGGCUAGAUGCUCUGCGAUAAAGCAAGAAGAACGGCUCACUUCCAAACCGGACCUACCCAAGGCCAAUAUCUCAUGUCAAGUCACGUUCCAAUUCCCGUCCAAGUUCCUCGCCUAUCUGAUCACCUGUAACGAAAUGACCAGUGUCAACGCAAUCGGCGCACGCCACAACGUGCGCAUACGGAAAUCCCACUCAAUGGCGACCACGCUAGACACUGAUGAUACAAGCAGCGGACCGCGUCUUUCGCUGAGCGGACUACGUGAUCAGGUCACACGCACAUGGGACGCUCUUCAGGAGUUUUGUGAGGACAUAAGACAGCGGACUGCUCCUCUCAAGACCAUGCAGGAAGAAAUGUUGAGGUUUGCGUUUGACAUGCUGCGAAACGUUGAUCCACUGCAGCUAUACAAGACGGCAAUGGAAGCAUCGGGCAAGAAGGCAACACAUUCCAGCAACUGUGACGUGCCAUCAGAGUGGGAAGAGCAGCAAGAACAACUUGAGCUCAAGCAGGUCGGUCCAGAGUCCGCCGAAUUCAACAAGGUACAGGAUCUGCUCCAGCAAUCCCUGCCCUCAGCUCACGUUCAACGGAUUGAGCGAAUCCAGAACAAGUUUCUGUGGACGCGCUACAGACAGACAAGAGACAUGCUACGGGAGAAGAACGGUGGAGAUGUUCAGGAACAGCAUUUGUUUCAUGGCACUCGAACAACCGCUCCGGAAAAGAUCUUCAGGAGUGAAGUUGGAUUUGACAUGCGUUUCUCUUCUAAAGGUAGCUGGGGAGAGGCAAACUAUUUUGCCACCAAAGCAAAGUACUCGGACGCCUUUGCGCACACCUUGCCCUCUUCCGCUGGCCAAAAGCAGAUGUUUCUAGCCCAGGUUCUAAUCGGUGACAGUAUCUCCUUGAAAAGGGAUAGGAAACUCCGUAUGCCUCCUACCAAGCCUGGACCGUCUUCAGCCAUAUUUGGUGACAUUCGCUAUGACACAGUGAACGGCGUAACCAAGGCAACACGUGGUUACAUGGUGUACAACAACUGCCAGGCGUAUCCCUACUACCUGAUCACAUAUAGGAAUGGUGGAUAGUGAGCUGCAAACACUACUAAUCCGCAUGCAACACGUUAACAUUGUAAAUACUUACAUCAGGCUGUGUUUGCUCUCUGGGAGAGAGAGUGAGAGAGAGAGAGAGAGAGAGAGAGAGAGAGAGUGGAAAUGACGUUCUUUUACAAGCCAUAUCAAGUUCUCUAUGCAGUGCCGGUGUUGAGACUGUCACACGGACGCUUGACGUGUCAAUGUGUUUCUGUGAUGGCCUGCUCAUCCACUCAGAUAGUACCGCAACUCUAUUGUUUCUACUGUAGUACAUUUUUUAAACAGCAACAGCUCAUUCUUCUAUCUUUGUAGUACAUUUCCAUAAAUGUUCCAUCCGUUGUGGCCGUCGUCUUUGAAAUGGCGGUCAACACGCGCAGAACAUCACACUACGAAUCCUAGCUACCUACAGUUGCAAGCAAUGUUUUGUCACUUUAUUCUAAUCUGCCUUCAGCAGUGUUUCAUUGUGAUCUUCUUCUGCAAACCGGUAACAGCUGAUGGUAGAGUUUGAUUUUUUGUCUUGCAGGUAUGUCAGUAAUGUUUUGUUAAUACUGGUAGUAGGUUGUUUCCCGGACUUCUCGUGUGCUCUG